AUGCACCUUGUACGGAAGGGCCAAAGUCCUUUCGGCGGUAGUUUGUUUCGGCUGUCGGUUGGCAAUCGAAGCGGCGUGGUGAGGAGGCGCGGAGAAGGGGGGGGGGGGGACCUAACGCGUGCGCCGCAAGGUCAGGGGCCCCAAGGCGCGCGCAUUUUAGCGCGAACCUUCGCGCAGCCGCCCGCUUGCCGGUGCGUUCACUCGCUGACCAAUCGGCAACGCUCUCUCGGGCACCGCCGCCGAAUUAAUCGGCGCACGUUCCCGAGUCGCACGGCGGGGGGCGUCCAGGUCCAGAGUGAACAAAAAGAUCUACGGUUCCGCUGGGUCUGCCCCGGUCGGAUCGGAAAGAAAACGCACCGCGACGCGGCCAUGCGCGCGGAUGUUUGCAAACACGUCUGCGCGGUGAUG